UAGAACAGGCCAAAGCACCACUUCACUCCGCUCCACAUCUUUCCCCAAAUCCCUCUGGCCCCACUUUCUCUGCCGAUCUCUAAUACCGAUAUGAUGCCUCCUUUUUUCCUUUUCUCUUUUGCUUCCAUUUUUUCCUUUAUAGUUUCUCCGCCUCACCUCCCUGCUCUAGGAGGGUAGUACCGGUUUGGGAAAUCCACCAUCUCCUCCCAGCGUUCGGAGUGUGCAGCGGUCAUCCCUCAAAAAAUAUUGAAAUGAGGUCUCUUCCGGGGGUUCAUCCAAAAAAAACCCAGAUCUGGGCUUUUGAGUGGCGGAUCAUCGGAAGCGCUACGCGAUGGAGGCGGGGGGCAUGGGCGGUCAUUGCUGUAUGGUGGUAUAAUAUGGUGGUACUGUAUAAUAUGGUGCUGUUAAGCUAUGGGGUCAGAUGCCAAUUCACGAGGCGUGCGUCUUUGAAUAUCAUACUCCGCUUUACCACUAUAUAUGCCCACUGCGAACCCACCCGGCACCGUUGAGAGUCUAUGCACCUAAAGAUGCCAAAACCACGACUUAACGUAUUGAUUGUCGGCGCGGGCUUGGGCGGUUUAUCGGCUGCUAUUGCGAUUAGACUUGCUGGACAUGAGGUACUCGUGCUAGAGCAAGCUUCUACUCUUUCUGAAGUAUCCCUUCCUUCCCUACUAUGACUUGGGCGGUGACGUGAGGUGUGCUGAUGGUGGGUAGGUAGGAGCGGGCAUACAAGUACCCCCUAAUUCGUCACGCUUCCUAAUAUCAUGGGGUCUCCGCGAGGCAAUGGAUCGGGUGUCGGUCCUCCCGGAGGUAAUGCGGUUCCGCAGCUAUCGGGAUGGGGGCAUACUCAAUGAACAACCAUUAGUCCCGCUCACAGAGGAGGUCUAUGGAGGGCCUUAUUGGCACUGCCACAGGGCGGAUUUUCACAAAGUAUUGUUGGAGAAGUGUCAAACCAUUGGUGUCAGGAGUGAGUUCCUCGCCUUCGCCAUCCCAAUCGACUAGGAGUAGAGGCUAACUGUAGAAGUCCGCAUCAACUCAAUGGUGAUAAAGAUCGACUUUGAGGCCCCCAGCGUGACGCUUUCUACCGGAGGCACGAUAGGGGCGGAUCUAAUUGUUGGCUCCGACGGACUGAAGUCGAGAUGCCGCGAACAGCUUCUGGGGCAUUCGGAUCCCCCGCACUUGACGGGCGACCUUGCAUACCGGAUACUCGUAAAAGCCGAGGAAAUGCGCAAGCAUAAAGACCUCGAAGAAUUCGUUAACAAACCCGCAAUCAACACCUGGAUGGGUGAGAUAUGCCCUCUUUCUCAAGAACGAUUGACGCAGGGCUAACCCAGACACCCACAGGCCCGAAUGCCCACGCAGUCUGCUACCUCCUGAAAGACCAGGGCUACUACAACAUGGUCCUGAUCUGCCCAGACAACAUGCCCGGGGGCGUCAACGUUAUGUCGGCCGACCCCACCGAGGUUCUCGAGUUCUUCAAAUCCUGGGACCCAAAACUACAAAAGAUGAUCAGCCUGGUUUCCAGUGUCAGCAAAUGGCGUCUGCAAAACGGCACGGAAAUGGCCUCGUGGACGCACCCAUCCGGGAAGUUCGCGCUACUUGGGGACGCCUGUCAUGCUACGCUUCCAUAUCUAGCUCAGGGCGCUGCGAUAGCCGUGGAGGAUGGGGGGGUGUUGGGGGGAUUGCUCGGGAAAUUGGAGGAUCGGUCGCAGCUGCCGGCCUUGCUCCGAGCUUACGAGGGCCUGAGGAAGAAUCGGACUACGAAGAUUGUGACGGGGAGCACGGACAUGAGGGAUAUCCUCCACAUGGAGGACGGGGAGAAGCAGAAGAGGAGGGAUGCUGUGUUGCUGGCGGACGACAUCAAGCCCGGGUUCCCAAACAAAUGGAGGGAUCCGGCGUUUCGGAAUUUCCUGUUUGCCUAUGAUGGAGCGAGGGAGGUGGAGAUGGCCUGGGAAAGGCUUAGAGAGAGGAGCGGAAGCGGUGCCGCGGGUGUAUUUAGAGCGAGGUUAUAGUUUAUAAGGGUGCUUGCGCUGAAUUGAUAUACAGGAAGGGUAAUCGGGUAUACAGUUCCGUAAAUGACGGUACAAAAGGGGUAGUCUAGCGUGUCCUCCAGGACCAAGCUCACAGAUCAAGCACCUCCUCAUUCCACCCCGCCAUAACCAGGGCCUCAUCGUCCAGCAACUCAUCAAGCGCCGGCCCCAUGACGCCAUCGGUGCUGCCCGCGCGCUCCCUCCCGAAGCCCAUGAAGACAUUUCUAACCAGCGUCUCCAAUUGCCCAUUGUCCCUCCCCCCCUCCUCACUCCCUUCCCCAACCCUCCCCUCCUCAGCCGGGCUUCCUCCGCCACGCGCAUCCCCGGGCCUCGACAUCAAUCCCGCAUCCUCCAGUGCGCCCCUAGCCUCAACGCUCUCCUCAAGCACGCUGACGAUUUGCACAAGACUCGGAUCCACCAGAUCCACGCCCUCGGUGUCAAACACGGCCUCCACCACGUUCGCGUAUCCGGGGACCUUGGCCCUAGCCAGCCAGUGCACAAAUCCCGCGUCGACCAGCAUCUCCCUGGCGAUGAAGUAGAGCCCCAUCAAUCUCGCGAGUAUAUAGAGCGCCUCCUUCUCGCUGAAGGGGUCGCCGGCGGGGUUCUCGUCGGUGGGGAGGGUACUGUUGAGGCAGCUGACGAGCGCGCUGAAGGUAGGCUUCUGGCAGAGCUUGUGCAGUGUCGUGCUGUAGGUGCAGCAGCGCAGCGCGCGGAGCGAACGCAGGCGCUGCGAGGGUGUGGAGGAGCCAACCUGCGAGAGGAGGUGA